UUAUCGUUUUGUUAUUUUCAAUGUAUUGAAAUGUUCUGUGAAUUAAGGGAAAGCGUUUGCUGUCAGCUGCUAGUAACUGACUCCUGCUUCGAAGGAAAAGCCGUGGUGCCCGUGAAGGGAAAUUAAUCCAUCUUGCCCCAGUGCAUUUGUUCCCCUGAGAACCAGGUGAACUACUUUUGACUGUUUCCCUAGGAUUAUGUCACCCACCAAGGUAACUUUCUGUUUCAGCAGGUGAUGUUAAGAAACAAAACAACACCCUGUAAGUUAAUCAGUUUUGGAAAAUAGAGACUGGCUUUAUAUCCCAAGGCUUUGAUGUGUUUAGUGGUUCCUGUAGGGAUCUGCCUCUCUUUUGUUUUGAUUGACAAGACCCUUCCUAUAUAUUUGAGCAGUCAAGCAGCCCAGUGACAGAGGGUAGAGACAUUUACCCAGAGCAAUCUUCUAUCACUCAUCGUGAUUUUCAGGAAUCUUGGGUGCAAGUGUGAACCUUAAAAGGAGUUCGCUCCAGCAAGAUCAGGAACGCCAUGAAGCUGGCAUACCUUUUCCUUGGCCCCAUGGCCCUCUUCCUCCUAGCUGGCUGCAGCUGUGUUCUCAGCACGUCCAGUGGGAACCUGCUCACCUUUGUGGGCUGUGCCGUGAGGGAGUUUACUUUCCUGGCCAAAAAGCCUGGCUGCAGGGGCCUUCGGAUCACUACGGAUGCCUGCUGGGGCCGCUGUGAGACCUGGGAGAAGCCCAUUCUGGAACCCCCCUACAUUGAAGCCCAUCAUCGAGUCUGUACCUACAACGAGACCAGACAGGUGACGGUCAAGCUGCCCAAUUGCGCCCCUGGAGUGGACCCCUUCUACACCUACCCCGUGGCUGUCCGCUGUGACUGCGGGGCCUGUUCCACUGCCACCACGGAGUGCGAGACCAUCUGAAGUUGGCGUGGCCUACAGAACACAGCUGGCAGCUUUGAGCUUCACGGACCCAGGUGCACGGGCAGCCUGAGCAGCUAUACCCCCUGGAUUCAAGGACUGUUUAAUUCUGACCACCUGUGGAGGAGGUUAUCCGUCUCCCUUAGGCCCAACUCCGGCCUAAGGCCCAGAGGCAGCAUACUGAUGCUAAAAAUGCAAAACAACAUUUGUGUUUUCGUGAAAUAAUUUCUCUGGUUCAUACACUUGCAAAUUAAUUUAUCUUUGCCUUGAAUCUCAGAACGUAAUUUGUAUAUACCACAAUCCUCCUCCAAUCUGGAUUUAUAAUACGCCAAUAGUUUAAGGGCAGUGGGAGUAAUUAGGAAAUGGGUCUAGAAAGUCUUUAAAUUCCCAUCUCUUAUUUAACAAUUGGUCUUCAACUAGAUUUAGGAUCAAAGGGCCAGAUAUUAAUAAAACCAAGGCUUUGUCCUCAAGCCCCCAAAGAAAAUCCAAUUGCAAGCUUCCUUAGAGAAAAUACUCCCUCCUUCUUUUAACUGAGCACUUAUCUCAGGUUAAAAAGUGCUCAGAUUAAAAAGAGGAGGGCAGGGGUGCCUGGGUGGCACAGUCGGUUAAAGCGUCCGACUUCAACCAGGUCACGAUCUCGUGG